CGUCCCAACCCUCACAUCUCUCCGAGUUACUAAGGGAAACAUAGUGUGAAAAGAUGGGAAAGAUGGCAUCUACUUUGCUAGCAGCGAUCUUUUUGUGGUCCCUUGUGGCCAUUAAUGGCGAGGAGUUUCCAAGCUUUGGGCCGCUGGUGACCAGGGAGAGCAGGAGAACUUUGGUGACAACUGAUUCUGGGAUGAUCACAGCCGUUGAUGUGCAUGAUGGGUACAAGGGGCUUUACCACCUUCAGUUCAUCACCAUGGAGCCCAGCUCGCUCUUCCUCCCUGUGCUUCUUCACACUGACAUGUUGUUCUAUGUGCAAACAGGGAGGGGAACGGUGAGUUACACAACUGAGGAUGGUACCACCCAGGUCGAUGUGAAGCGCGGUGAUAUCUAUAGGCUGGAGGAGGGCACCGUUUUCUAUGUGAGAAGCCACCCCGAUCCUAUGAGAGAGAAGCUAAGGAUUCAUGCCAUCUUUGACACCAAUAAUAUGGAAAACCCCUCGGAAUCCUUUGUUGGAGCUUACUCAAAUAUCAGUGACUUGGUCCGAGGCUUUGAUGAAAAAGUUCUCGAGAUGAGUUUUGCGGUUUCUGAGGAAAUCAUUCGCAGUAUCGAAUGGGUUAAGCCUCCAUCAAUUAUACCUUUCACACCUAAGAAGAAUGAGAGUAGGAAGCAUAACUGGAAAGAGGGAAUAUUUGAAGCUCUUGUAGGAUUUCAAGGUCCAACUGACAUCAUAAACAAGAAGAAGAAGACAAAAACUAAGACGUUUAACAUUUACACCGCCACUCCUGAUGUGGAGAACUGCAACGGAUGGAGCAUUGCAGUGACUAAAAAAGAAUUUCGAUCUCUCAAGGGCUCACAGUUUGGGGUGUUCAUGGUGAACUUGACCAAGGGUUCUAUGAUGGGGCCUCACUGGAAUCCCACAGCAACGGAGAUCGCUGUAGUGAUCGAAGGGCAAGGCAUGGUACAAGUUGUUUGCCCCAGCAAACCUUCAGGUGAGGGUGGGGACACGUUCAGAUGUCGAAACACAAAGUUUAGGGUUAAAGAAGGGGAUCUUUUUGUUGUGCCAAGGUAUCAUCCAAUGGUGCAAAUAUCAUUCAACAAUAAUUCAUUCGUCUUUGUGGGGUUCAGCACCAUGGUAAAAAAGAACUAUCCUCAGUUCUUGGUGGGGGAGAGGUCGGUUCUUCAAACAAUUGAGAGAGAGAUCUUGGAAGUGUCCUUUAAUUCUUCAAAUACCACGAUUGAAACUUUGUUAACAUCCCAGCGGGAGUCCAUAAUGCUUGCUUGUACUUCAUGUGCCGAGGAACUAGAAAGACAAAUGGAGGAAGAGAUUGAGAGGCAAAAGCGAGAAGAAGAAGAAGCAAGAAAGAGGGAGGAAGAAGAAGCAAGAAAGAGGGAGGAAGAGGAGGAAGCUAGGAGGAGGCAGGAAGAAGAGGAGGCUAGAAGGGAGGAAGAGGAAGCUAGAAGGGAGAAAGAGGAAGAGGCCAGAAAGAGGGAAGAGGAGGAAGCUCGAAGGAGAGAGGAAGAAGCUGAAGCUAGGAGGUGGCAGGAAGAAGAGGAGGCUAGAAGGAGAGAGGAGGAAGAGACUAGGAAGAAGGCAGAGGAGGAGACUCGAAGGAGAGAGGAAGAAGAAGAAGAGGAGGCUAGAAGGAGAGAGGAGGAAGAGACUAGGAAGAAGGAAGAGGAGGAGGCUCGGAGGAGAGAGGAAGAAGCAGAAGCUAGGAGGAGGCAGGAAGAGGAGGCUAAAAGGGAGCAGGAGGAAGCUAGAAGGAGAGAGGAAGAAGAGGCGAGGAAGAGGGAAGAGGAGGAAACUAGGAAGAGAGAGGAAGAGGAGGAAGAAGCUAGAAGGAGAGAGAAAGAAGAGGCAAGGAAGAGGGAAGAGGAGGAAGCUAAGAAGAGAGAGGAAGAGGAGGCUAGAAAGGCGGAGAAAGAAACUGAAAGGAGAGAGGAAGAAGAGGUUAGGGAGAGAGAAGAGAAGGAAGCUAAAGAGGAGGUUAGAAAAAAAGAAGAGACAAGAGAGAAGGAAGAGGAGGAAGCUAAAAUGAGAGAGGAAGAGGAGGAAGCUGAAAGGAGAGAGGAAGAGGCUAGAAGAAGAGAGAAGGAAAGGGCUCAGAAAAGGGAGGAGGAAGAAGAAGCAAAAAAGAGAGAAGAAGAGGAAGGUGGUGGCACAAGGGAGGAGAAAGAGCCAACUAAUGGGAAAUGGAGGGGAAAAACAAGCCUAGAGAUUAGAAAAAUAAAGGGAAGGAACAUAUGAUAGAGAAAAAAGAGGAUGAAAGAUGAAGAAAAUGGAGGGUAAGAGUAGUGGUGGAACAGGUAAGAGCAGAAGGGAGAGUUCUUUGGAAGAAAAUGUAGAGGGUUUAGGGGAAUGGAGAGUUCUUUGGAAGCAAAUGUGGAGAGUUUAACGUACAGGUUUGUUCUAGUGGAAGGAAUAACAGCAUUUAAUAGUAUAUUGCUUUUUGUGUAGCUUGUGAAAGCUUCUAUUUGUAAUCAUUUUAGGAUUCGACUUUGUUUCCCUAAAUUCCUUGUUUAAUAAUUUCAGUGCUAUGUAUUUUGUUGCUAGUUGUUUUACCUUUCCGGACAGCUAAAACAUGUUGGUUUGCAAGUGCUCUGGUAUCUUAUGUUA